UUGAGUUUUUGAGGUGAAAGCAAAAAGUUACUGUGAGCCAAACACGGGAGUAUCAUGCCAGUUCUAUUCUGGAAUAUCUAUGUGUGACCCUGAAAUUGGCCUAAAUGUGACUUGUGGAGUUAAUGAUUACCCCAGCAGUUAUAUGAACUACUUGGUUCCACUGGGCAGCAAGCAGUACACCUGCAGGGAAGUCUCUAGAAAGCAGCAUGUCUCCUUUGAUCUUUGGGGCUGGGCUGGUGGUUCUUAGCCUAGUGGCCUCUGCUAGGAGCCAGAAGACAGAACCCCUAAGUGGUUCUGGGGACCAGCUCUUCCAUGGAGCUGAUCGAUACGACUUUGCCAUCAUGAUCCCACCAGGAGGCACAGAAUGCUUUUGGCAAUUUGCCCACCAGACUGGCUACUUUUAUUUCAGUUAUGAGGUUCAGCGGACACUGGGAAUGUCACAUGACCGGCAUGUUGCUGCCACUGCAUAUACCCCGCGGGGUUUCCUCAUAGACACCUCCCAGAAUGUUCGGGGCCAGAUUAACUUCUCUACUCAAGAGACAGGUUUUUAUCAGCUUUGUCUAAAAAACCAACAAAAUCACUUUGGUUCUGUGCAAGUGUACCUCAACUUUGGAGUCUUCUAUGAGGGGCCUGAGAUGGACCACAAACAGAGAAGUGAAAGAAAACAACUAAACGAUACUCUGGAUUCAAUUACGGAGAGUACACGAAAGGUACAGAACAAUAUCUUCCACAUGUGGCGGUACUACAACUUUGCCCGGAUGAGGAAAAUGGCUGAUUUUUUUCUUCUCCAAUCAAACUAUAAUUAUGUAAACUGGUGGUCAACAGCCCAGAGCUUUGUCAUUGUUCUUUCUGGGAUCCUGCAGCUAUAUUUCUUGAAGCGUCUCUUCAAUGCUCCAACAAUUACAGAUAAAAGGAAGCCAACAUGUUAAGCUAGGAGGAUUACAAAACCCUGCCUCUUUUUUGGAGCAGAAACAAACAAAUUAGCUUUACAAAUUACUGGAAAAUUAAUUUCUCAUAUUCGAGUUUUAGUCUAUUGCCCUCACCUACAAAGGCACAAUGGCAAUAAAGACAAUGCACAAGU